UCUCUAAGCAGGUGUGAGGGGGGCAAACGCCAUUACCAUGACAGCUCAGAAGAGCUAGACCCAGGUUACGUUUGUGCGAGACGCCGCACAUACUUAUUAUUAUAGAGUCGAGCAUUCCUGUUUUUAUCAUAUGUAGAUUUUAGAGAUUGCAUGCAAAGCUGCAGGUGUGUCUGGCCGGGGUGCGGCCGCGUCAGGGAAUACAUUUCUGCUAGGAAACACUGAGUAGCAUUUGCCUUUCUCUCUGCCAGAUGUAAGAAGUAAAUAGCACUGGCAGAAACAUCACCUUGGAUUGUGCUACACCAAGCUACCUGCUAAUUCCACGGAAUAAACCCAAAGGGCAGCCAACGCUUCCCCUUGGAAACACUGCCUCUCUUCACAACAGGGCAGCUUGGGAUCACAUUGUGCCUUCUGCUGCAGGGACAACAGAGCAUCAUGGAAAAGCUGCUUCUCAUUCUAGUGUUUUCCAUUCAGUCCUCGUCCUAUAGUCUUGGGGGUGAUGUCUUGUCUCCAUUACAUGCAAAUCAUAUGAGUAACGCCAGGAGCCCACUUCCUAUUGGACAAAGAGUGGAUGGCUUUCUACGCAUGGACAAACCUUCCAGAUUUUACUUUGUUGCAAAUGGAAGUCAUGACAUAUUGACUCUCAGAGUAACUCCAUGUGAAUCGCCACUUUUCUGGACCCUAUCUGGCGUACACAACAAGAGGGCUCAUGGGGCAGGAGGAGUUAAUAAGGGACACCUCAGGCCUCAUAACCAGCCUCUGCACACCAGGACACUUUUUUCCUUUCAGGGCAACGGAGAAGAGACCUUCACUACAGGUGUGACCUCAGAUAGUUUGUAUUUUCUUGACAUUGCAUCUCUGGAGUCAGACACCAGCUUCCAAGUCUUUGUCUGGGACCACAAAAAUCAAGGUAACCUGUGGCCUCAGCUUCCAAAUGAUUCUCAGCUUGAGAUUACUUCUGCGGAAGAGGACAGAAUAAAGCUGUCAUGGAAACCCAGUCUGGGAGAUGGCAAGAAGAUCAAUUAUUGUGUAUUUGUAAAUAAGCAACACAAUGUCAAAACCUUGUGUGCUACCGAGUCCAACAUAAAUAAAAUGUUCAGUAAUCAACUGAAGGAAAAUGAAGGCAAAUCGAGUAAAUCUUUGGACCCAGCUAUGAAGACAUCUAAAAAAAAUUCUAACAAUCUUAAAGAAAAUGUUAUGGAGCAAAAGAUCAACCAUGAUCAAUUGUCUAGCAAGAAUUUUGUGGGAGCUCAAAAGGUGUGCGUCGGGCACUGGACAAAUGCCACCAUUUCUAAAUUAAAGCCUAAAACUCUUUAUUACUUUGAUGUUUUUGCUGUGAACUCUCACACAGGCACAAGUUUAGCAUAUACAGGGACCUUUGCAGAAACUAAAAACAAGCACAGGUCACAGUUAGCAACUCUUCCUAAUGAUGAGAUGGUGAACAUCUUCCUCAAAAGCAAAGUUCUAAGAAUGAUGACUGUUGACCUUCCAGCCCAUGGGGACAAAUGGCUCUUCAUUCAUUCAUGUCUCCAUAAGGUUCAUCUUCAGGUCACAGUAAAUGGAAAGGUCAUUAUAUCCCAAAACAUCCACAGAGCUCAUAACUUCAAGAUUUCUGGCAAACCAAAAACCAGCUGCAUCAUUACAUUGAAAUCUAGCAAGGGCGGUCCAGGUCUGGUGAAAAUCCUUGCUACUACUGCCCAUAACCACUUGCCCUUCCCGAACCUUUCCUCGGACAUCGGUUUUUCUGUUCAUAACUCAACCUGCUCGUCAGCUACCGUGACAUGGACCGGAAGUGGACAUGGGACCAAAUACUGCAUUUAUGCCAGGCACCUAGAGCAGAACUUGGAUCUAAAGUUGAUUCACAAGCAUCAAAACAGCUGCCUCAGCACAAACAGCCGCUCUAAAGCUGAAAGAGUGUUUUGCAAACAUGCAGGGCCCCAUUCCCCAAGAGUGGAAAAAAUCAAAGAUCUGAAACCUGGGAAAACCUAUCUCUUGGAUCUGUACUUCAUAGGUCUUCACAACAGCACCAUCAAGUUCCCCAGCCGUGUUGUAAGAACUCAGGGUUGGUGCUCCUGAGCUGAUUCAAAGCACAAGCACAUAAUAUAUAGUUUGCGAUGUCUCUGUGGGGCACUAAUAAGAACAUAGCUCACUGCAUGUAAAAUGCUUAUUUGUUUCUAAAGAUGAGGCACAUCCAUGUAUAAAUAUAUAUGCUGAAAUAUAAAUAUCUCUGCAACUAGAAACACCAGGCACAGAUGUCCAGCAACAAAUACUCUGAAGUUAAAUCCACCAUAAAGGUGAUCUCUGUAAUAUUAGGGUCUGAGGCUGAGGCAAAUAAAUAUUCUUCUUAAAUGCC